UAACGAGACUCUCCUAUCCGCUGCACUCGUGAGCGCCCCCUGUAGUGUGGACCUGCAGCAGUACGUUUGCUCUUCGCUCACCGGCAUCACUGCUGGAAACCUGGCUGAACUCCUGAAGUGUCAACUUUCAAGCAGCAGAAGUUACUCCAAGGAGAUCUGGAAACUAUUUUUCACCAAAGCAAAUGAUGUUCUGGACGGAGCCCUCGUCAUAUUCUCCAGCGCAGCAGCAAAUAUGUCUCAGCCAAUCAGAGGUGAUGUCGUGUCCCAAGUGCUGGAUGUGGUUGGAGAGCUGAGACUGGAGCGCAUCAGUCCUGACCAAUGGACAGACCUCUCUUUCAUCAGCAUGUUGUUGGGUCAAUAUCUGAAGCCGUUUUUACCAUUUGCGUCACCAUCCCUACUGCUGUGCACCAGCAGCAAAAACCUCAGCUGCCAAACUUACCAGCACAUGAAGAGACAUGGCAACUUCUUCAUUCUGCCCUUCCUGAGAAGAAACGCAACAGAUGCGGGCUGUGUGGCGACUGCUAACAACAGUGUUGAGUGGCUGCAGAAGAACUUUGGCCCGUUCUCUCAGUUCGUGUCUCUCACAGAUCUGAUCUCCAUCAACAGACUCUUUGAUCCCUUGGAGACCCUGGACAAUCUCACUCCCAAGCAGGUGGCUGGACUGUUGGUUGAAGAGCUACCUGGUCUCCCAGAGAAGAAAGUCGUCAUCAAUACAGUGUUUGAUCAUCUGUUUGUGUCUCCUGUGGAGCGAGGACUUCCUGAUGUUCUUCAAAACCUGCUCUCAAUCUCACAGAUGACCAUUAUUCCGUGCAGCUCCUACAUACUGAUAUUCCAGAGGCUGUUUCAGGCGUUACCUUUCCUGCCGACGGAGAUGGAGACUGUGGUCUUCCAAACAACUGGAGAACUCAAGCAGAAUGGAGCAAGAGACUGUUCACUUCCUGAACCGCCAACAGUACCUGAACCUCCAACAUGUCUGUUCACUCCUGUGAAUGCUACCAGAGUUUGUUCAGGAGUCAACAGUAACGAGACUCUCCUAUCCGCUGCAUCCGUGAGCGCCCCCUGUAGUGUGGACCUGCAGCAAUACAUUUGCUCUUCGCUCACCGGCAUCACUGCUGGAAACCUGGCUGAACUCCUGAAGUGUCAACUUUCAAGCAGCAGAAGUUACUCCAAGGAGAUCUGGAAACUAUUUUUCACCAAAGCAAAUGAUGUUCUGGACGGAGCCCUCGUCAUAUUCUCCAGCGCAGCAGCAAAUAUGUCUCAGCCAAUCAGAGGUGAUGUCGUGUCCCAAGUGCUGGAUGUGGUUGGAGAGCUGAGACUGGAGCGCAUCAGUCCUGACCAAUGGACAGACCUCUCUUUCAUCAGCAUGUUGUUGGGUCAAUAUCUGAAGCCGUUUUUACCAUUUGCGUCACCAUCCCUACUGCUGUGCACCAGCAGCAAAAACCUCAGCUGCCAAACUUACCAGCACAUUCUGUCAGAGGUCCCACUCGUCAAUGAGAUUCAAGGAAGAGACAUGGCGAACUUCUUCAUUCUGCCCUUCCUGAGAAGAAACGCAACAGAUGCGGGCUGUGUGGCGACUGCUAACAACAGUGUUGAGUGGCUGCAGAAGAACUUUGGCCCGUUCUCUCAGUUCGUGUCUCUCACAGAUCUGAUCUCCAUCAACAGACUAUUUGAUCCCUUGGAGACCCUGGACAAUCUCACUCCCAAGCAGGUGGCUGGACUGUUGGUUGAAGAGCUACCUGGUCUCCCAGAGAAGAAAGUCGUCAUCAAUACAGUGUUUGAUCAUCUGUUUGUGUCUCCUGUGGAGCGAGGACUUCCUGAUGUUCUUCAAAACCUGCUCUCAAUCUCACAGACGACCAUUAUUCCGUGCAGCUCCUACAUACUGAUAUUCCAGAGGCUGUUUCAGGCGUUACCUUUCCUGCCGACGGAGAUGGAGACUGUGGUCUUCCAAACAACUGGAGAACUCAAGCAGAAUGGAGCAAGAGACUGUUCACUCCCGAACCUCCAACAUAACGAGACUUUCCUAUCCGCUGCACUCGUGAGCGCCCCCUGUAGUGUGGACCUGCAGCAGUACGUUUGCUCUUCGCUCACCGGCAUCACUGCUGGAAACCUGGCUGAACUCCUGAAGUGUCAACUUUCAAGCAGCAGAAGUUACUCCAAGGAGAUCUGGAAACUAUUUUUCACCAAAGCAAAUGAUGUUCUGGACGGAGCCCUCGUCAUAUUCUCCAGCGCAGCAGCAAAUAUGUCUCAGCCAAUCAGAGGUGAUGUCGUGUCCCAAGUGCUGGAUGUGGUUGGAGAGCUGAGACUGGAGCGCAUCAGUCCUGACCAAUGGACAGACCUCUCUUUCAUCAGCAUGUUGUUGGGUCAAUAUCUGAAGCCGUUUUUACCAUUUGCGUCACCAUCCCUACUGCUGUGCACCAGCAGCAAAAACCUCAGCUGCCAAACUUACCAGCACAUUCUGUCAGAGGUCCCACUCGUCAAUGAGAUUCAAGGAAGAGACAUGGCGAACUUCUUCAUUCUGCCCUUCCUGAGAAGAAACGCAACAGAUGCGGGCUGUGUGUCGACUGCUAACAACAGUGUUGAGUGGCUGCAGAAGAACUUUGGCCCGUUCUCUCAGUUCGUGUCUCUCACAGAUCUGAUCUCCAUCAACAGACUCUUUGAUCCUUUGGAGACCCUGGACAAUCUCACUCCCAAGCAGGUGGCUGGACUGUUGGUUGAAGAGCUACCUGGUCUCCCAGAGAAGAAAGUCGUCAUCAAUACAGUGUUUGAUCAUCUGUUUGUGUCUCCUGUGGAGCGAGGACUUCCUGAUGUUCUUCAAAACCUGCUCUCAAUCUCACAGACGACCAUUAUUCCGUGCAGCUCCUACAUACUGAUAUUCCAGAGGCUGUUUCAGGCGUUACCUUUCCUGCCGACGGAGAUGGAGACUGUGGUCUUCCAAACAACUGGAGAACUCAAGCAGAAUGGAGCAAGAGACUGUUCACUUCCUGAACCGCCAACAGUACCUGAACCUCCAACAUGUCUGUUCACUCCUGUGAAUGCUACCAGAGUUUGUUCAGGAGUCAACAGUAACGAGACUCUCCUAUCCGCUGCAUCCGUGAGCGCCCCCUGUAGUGUGGACCUGCAGCAAUACAUUUGCUCUUCGCUCACCGGCAUCACUGCUGGAAACCUGGCUGAACUCCUGAAGUGUCAACUUUCAAGCAGCAGAACUUACUCCAAGGAGAUCUGGAAACUAUUUUUCACCAAAGCAAAUGAUGUUCUGGACGGAGCCCUCGUCAUAUUCUCCAGCGCAGCAGCAAAUAUGUCUCAGCCAAUCAGAGGUGAUGUCGUGUCCCAAGUGCUGGAUGUGGUUGGAGAGCUGAGACUGGAGCGCAUCAGUCCUGACCAAUGGACAGACCUCUCUUUCAUCAGCAUGUUGUUGGGUCAAUAUCUGAAGCCGUUUUUACCAUUUGCGUCACCAUCCCUACUGCUGUGCACCAGCAGCAAAAACCUCAGCUGCCAAACUUACCAGCACAUUCUGUCAGAGGUCCCACUCGUCAAUGAGAUUCAAGGAAGAGACAUGGCGAACUUCUUCAUUCUGCCCUUCCUGAGAAGAAACGCAACAGAUGCGGGCUGUCUGGCGACUGCUAACAACAGUGUUGAGUGGCUGCAGAAGAACUUUGGCCCGUUCUCUCAGUUCGUGUCUCUCACAGAUCUGAUCUCCAUCAACAGACUCUUUGAUCCCUUGGAGACCCUGGACAAUCUCACUCCCAAGCAGGUGGCUGGACUGUUGGUUGAAGAGCUACCUGGUCUCCCAGAGAAGAAAGUCGUCAUCAAUACAGUGUUUGAUCAUCUGUUUGUGUCUCCUGUGGAGCGAGGACUUCCUGAUGUUCUUCAAAACCUGCUCUCAAUCUCACAGACGACCAUUAUUCCGUGCAGCUCCUACAUACUGAUAUUCCAGAGGCUGUUUCAGGCGUUACCUUUCCUGCCGACGGAGAUGGAGACUGUGGUCUUCCAAACAACUGGAGAACUCAAGCAGAAUGGAGCAAGAGACUGUUCACUCCCCGAACCUCCAACAUGUCUGGUCACUCCUGCGAAUGCUACCAGAGUUUGUUCAGGAGUCAACAGUAACGAGACUCUCCUAUCCGCUGCACUCGUGAGCGCCCCCUGUAGUGUGGACCUGCAGCAAUACAUUUGCUCUUCGCUCACCGGCAUCACUGCUGGAAACCUGGCUGAACUCCUGAAGUGUCAACUUUCAAGCAGCAGAAGUUACUCCAAGGAGAUCUGGAAACUAUUUUUCACCAAAGCAAAUGAUGUUCUGGACGGAGCCCUCGUCAUAUUCUCCAGCGCAGCAGCAAAUAUGUCUCAGCCAAUCAGAGGUGAUGUCGUGUCCCAAGUGCUGGAUGUGGUUGGAGAGCUGAGACUGGAGCGCAUCAGUCCUGACCAAUGGACAGACCUCUCUUUCAUCAGCAUGUUGUUGGGUCAAUAUCUGAAGCCGUUUUUACCAUUUGCGUCACCAUCCCUACUGCUGUGCACCAGCAGCAAAAACCUCAGCUGCCAAACUUACCAGCACAUUCUGUCAGAGGUCCCACUCGUCAAUGAGAUUCAAGGAAGAGACAUGGCAAACUUCUUCAUUCUGCCCUUCCUGAGAAGAAACGCAACAGAUGCGGGCUGUGUGGCGACUGCUAACAACAGUGUUGAGUGGCUGCAGAAGAACUUUGGCCCGUUCUCUCAGUUCGUGUCUCUCACAGAUCUGAUCUCCAUCAACAGACUCUUUGAUCCCCUCGAGACCCUGUCUAAUCUCACUCCAGAGCAGAUGGUUGGACUGAUUGUUAAUACUCAGCCUGGUGUGCCACAGAAUUUCAUCAUUAAUACUGUUUUUGAUCAUCUGCUCGUGUCUCCUGUGCAACGAGGAUUUCCAGAUGUUCUUGAGCUCCUUUAUAUUUUCUCCACAAGGAAUCCACUCAGCUGUCAAACCAACCAGAUAAUCUUCACGAGGCUGGAGCAGAUCUUGAGCUCAGGAGCGGGUGAUCUGGAGCCUGUCAUCUGGAAGAGCCUUUAUAACUUCAGCAGCACGGCUCCUGCAGACUGCACUCUUCUUCCAGUCGUGAAUGAGUGUCCCGUGACUCCAUUCAACGAGACUCGGGUGUGCAGCGGAGUGGACAGUUCUGCAGCACAGCAGUGCUUGAACGAAGGACGGAUUUGUGGCUUCAGUAUUGCAGCACAUGCAUGUGCCCCGGUGCUGGAUGUGAACAUGGACUAUCUGGUCACACUACUGAACGCUCAUCUGUCUGUGGAUGACAUGAGCUCAGCUGAGAGCUGGAAACUCUUCCUGACCAGAGUCUCAAACCUGCUGGACGUCGCCCUCCUCCAGCUCUCCAACCAGUCGGUGUGGUGGAGCAGCAGCUCUGCCUCUGUGGCUCUGGACGUCCUGCGGGAGCUGCGUCUGGACAGACUGACGGAUGAGAGCGCUGUAGUGCUGUGGCUCGAUGAACACCUGCGAGCGUUCCUGCCCAGUGCGUCUGGGACGUUCCUGCAGUGUCUGCGCAGCCAGAACCUCAGCUGCCAGAGCUUCCAGACAGUGGUUGGGGCGUUCGAUGCAGGAUUUUCCCAUAUGAAUGACGUUCAGCGCCAAACAGUCGUGUCACACUUCAUCGUCCCGUUCCUCUCGAGAGCAGGUGCGGCGUGUGUCUCCAUCAACAGCUCUCAGUGGCUCAUCAGUAACUUCGGCCAGUUCUCUGCCCUUGUUCCUCUGAAUCAGCUGAUCUCACUCAACCCACAGUUCAACCCGAUGAGCAGCCUGCUCUAUCUGUCUCCAGAGCAGCUGGUCGGGCUGAUGUUUGACGACGUUCCUGGUCUUCCAGAGAAAAGUGUGGUCAUCAAUGCCGUGUUCGAUCACCUGACGGCGUCUCCACAGAGAGAGAGGAUCGUCUCCACACUUCCCAUCAUGGUGGAGUCAUCAAAGACAAGGAACGUCUCCUGCGCAUCAUAUCAGAUCAUCUUCCACCGUCUGGAUCAUCUGAUGGUCAGCGUGCCGGUGGAUCUGGAGUCUGUGAUUCUGAGGAGUAGAUCAGCUCUUCUUCAGAACGUGCCGCAGGGUUGUGUGAGCUCCAGCAGACAGUGUGGUGCCACACCAGUGAACGAAACAACAGUGUGUGGGAGCACCAACAGCUCUGUUGUGUCGGCGUAUCUCGGCUCGUCUCAUGAUGGCAGUCGUCUCUGUGAAUUCAGCAUCACACAGUACGCUUGUGCACAGCUGACAGCUCUGAGCUCACAGGACCUGGCGACGGUGUUGUCAUGCGGUCUCAACAGGAAUGAGAGCGUGUCCGAGGAGACGUGGAAGCUCUUCUUGCAGAAGGUCAACCCUGUGCUGGGUCCAGCGCUCGACCUGCUCACACACACGAGGCUGAAUAAGUCCCGCCCUGCAGUCUCAUUCUUGAAUGUGAUUGGAGAAGUCACUCUGAGCUCCUUCAGCUCCACCAAUCUGAGAGAUGAUUUGUUCGUCCAGCGCUGGUUUGACUCCAGGCUCCGCCCAUUUUUACCCUACGCCUCUGAGACGUUCCUGUCCUGUCUGUCCACCAGAGACUUCAGCUGCGACACAUACAAGAGCGUUGUCAGGAGCUUCAGUCAGAGUUUUGACGUCAUGUCUACUGAUACACAAGCUAACUUCUACGUUGACUUCAUCAAAGUCUUCCUCUCUCAGAACAGCACUGCAGGGUGUGUGAACGUCUCUCAGAGCAGCUCUGAUUGGCUGAUCAGCAGCUUCGGACGUUUUUCUGUUUUCACCACUGUCACUGACCUGCAGACACUCAACCCCAGCUUCAAUGUGUUGGACACUCUGAGUCUGUUGAGCCUGAGGCAGUUAGUGGAGGUGUCCAUCUCUCCUGGAUUCCUGUCCAGCGCUGCUGCGGUCGAUAAUCUGCUGCUCUACGUGACGGACGCUCAGAUCACUGCGUUCUUCUCAUCCCUCUCUGCUACGCUACAGACGCAGGGCGUGGUUCUCCCGUCCCCCGUGCAGGAGGCGUUUCUGCAGCAGGUGUUUGACAGGGCCAAUCUGACCACCUUACCAGAUGCUGAUCUGCAGAUCUGGAUCCUGAACAUACUGCCAUCCUUCACAGCCAACAUCACCGUCCAACACGUGACGUCCUACUUCAGCAUCGUCCAGCAGAGACCCUGUCCCAUCAGCCAGCAGGCGGUGCAGCUGUUGAACUCGUCCAGCUCCACCUUCCAGCCGGAGACACAGGAUCAGAUCUACCAGCUGAUCCUCGGCUCUCUAACAGGCCCCGCCCCACUGCGCUGCUAUGGUAACCAGAGCUACUACGCUUUCCUGACCUCCUCCUUCAUGAGUUUCCAGUUCCCCGAUCUGACCACCUUCCUGUCGCUGAUGCCGCCGGGCCGUGUACCAGAGCUGAUGGAGUCAGUGUCUCCAGCGGAGGUCAGCAGUCUUCUCAACCGGCCGAAUGCUGUGGACGAUGUGACCCAAAUCUGCCAGCUUUUCAGAAAUUACCCAAAGACACCCCAGUACUUACAGACGGAGCCGCUGUUGCCCGUGGGUUUGGCCCGGCAGGUGUUGUCCUGCGUCUGGCCUCAGGUUCUGAAGCUGGACGUCCAGUCUGAGGUCAAUCAGUGGUUUGAUCAUCGACUGGUUCAAUACCUGCCUCUCCUCACCUCACAGUUCAUCGCUCCAGACGUCAUGCUAAACACCUCCUGUCUCUCCUUCAAGAAGUUCGUUUCAGUGAUGGCUCAAUACAACUACACUUCAGCUGAGUUUUCUCAGAGUGACAUCUACAACACCAUCCAGAUCUACCUCAACACCUCUUUAGAUUCAACUCCUAAAUGCUAUAACACUUCCAACCCGGAUCUCAACUCCACCACCUGGUUUGCAGACUACAUCUCUGUCUUCUUGAGCUUCGUCACACUGGAUGACCUCCUCCAGUUUGGCUCCAUUCAGCCGUUCCUCGUGAACCUGGAGAACCUGCAGCUCUUUGGUGAGACCAGCGUUCCUGAUGAAGUCUUGGAAUACUAUGUGUCUCUGCUGUUCGAGAUGAAUCCGUCCUUCAGUGCCUACUAUCUUCCUCUGAAGUUCCUCUGCUUGGCUCCUGCGAGCUCCUUCCUUCAGCUGAGUCUGGAGCAGAUGAAGAACAUCUCAUCCAGUGUCCAUCAGAACUGCAUCGACAUCCUUCCUGAAGUGUCGGCGGCUCUGGCCAGUAACGCGCCGGUUCUGACGCUGGAUACCAUCACGGCUCUGGGUCAGUCGUCCACAGGUUUGAGCACGGCUCAGAUCAGCGGCACUGGAGGGAAUGUGCUGCUCAAUGCACUCUCCGUGCUCAGACUAGUUCAGGGCUGGAACCUCGAUCAGGCCAUGAUGAUCAUCCAAACCCUGCUGUCGUCUGGAGUUUACCAGAUAAACAGUGCAGCCAGCCUGCAGAACUUGGGUUCACUGAUCAUCGGUGUUCAAUCAUCAAUCUUUAACCUAAUCUCAGGAAAUAUCUUCAUUGAGGCAAUGAAAUCUGAACUGUUCGUGACCAAUGUCUUCAGCGCACCUGUGAUCGUCCAGCAGACCAUCGUCAGCCAGAUCAUCACGGUCAACAGCUCGUCUGACGCCGUCAUCACAAACGUUCCUGACCUCCUGGCCACAGAAAUCCCACGUGUUUUCCUGCAGGAUGUGUCACAGUCCUCCGCGGCAGCACAGACGGUCAACCAGAAGAAAUGGAAACAGGAGCAGGCCGUUUUGAUCUUUGAAAACGUCGCUGCGCAGUUCAGCAACCCGGAUGACGUGUCUUUCCAGGUGCUGCAGGGCUUCACCUGUUCACGAAUCCAGAGCUUCAGCUCUAGUAAAGUCAUGAAUCUGAUCCGCGGCUGCAGACGGCGAGUCAAUCAGACGCUCGUCCUGCAGGAGUCACAGCUGACCUGCAUGUAUCACUACAUUAAGAGCGCUGAUCUCACUGCUUUCUCCCAGUAUCCCACUGAAGUGCUCAUCUAUUACAACUACUCGAUGGUCGACAGAUCUCUUUGCCGCCCGUAUUUCUCAUCUCUGGGCACAGCCAACUUCUCUGUUCUGUCCAGCACACUGUCCUCAAAGAAGCAGACACUGUUCAACAAUGCCAGGGACUGUCUGGGGAUCUCAGGUUUCAGGAUCAGUCGGGAUCAGCUGGAUGUUUUGGGGAACAUGUGCUGUUUUCUGAGCAGCGAGUACAUCCAGAGCUCAGACCCGUAUGUGCUGGAGAAACUCAAGCAGUGUGUGGAUCUAUCAGCUGAGCAGAUCUCAGCACUGGAGAGCGUCCUGCUGGGAGGAAACACCAGCUACGGACCCUCAAACAGCUGGAACAGAACCACGCUGGAGAACCUGGACCUCCUGCCUCUGUACCUCACCACCAACAUCUGGAGCAAAUUCACACCGGUGAUCAAGCAGAGGUUUCUGAAGACCUUCAUUCGUGACCUGAGGAAGAAUGAUAAAGCUUCAGAGAUGAAGAUCCUCAACAUGAUGAAUGAGGUCAACAAAAUCUCACGAGUCAAAAUGAAGAGAUCUGCAGAGACAUCAUGCACCGUGGGUCAGAUCCUGCAGGCUCAGGUGUACAGCGACAUGUUUCCGUUUGCAUACGACGUGACUCAGUUUAACGCCUGCUUGAGCGUCCAAACACUGAAGGACAACCUGGAGGCUGUGACCGACAGAGUUUACGACAGGAGCUACCAGAGGAUCAUCCUGGACAAACUCAACCAGGUGUAUCCGGGAGGACUGUCUGACGAGGUGCUGCAGGUUCUAGGCUCCGCCUCCCGCGCGGCCACACCUGAUGAUGUCAGAAAGUGGAACGUGACGAAGAUCGACACCCUCUCGUCUCUGAUGAACCAACGCAACGGGGACUGGGACGCAGAGAUGGUCCAGCUGCUGGUCAGUAAGUAUCUGAGUGUGAAUGGAAACACACUCGGCAGUAACGAGCUGAACGCUCUGGGAGGAACAAACCUGUGUGCGCUGAACACCAGUGUGCUGAGCAACAUCACGGCCGCCAGCGUGGAGCGAGCGUCUGCUCUCUCUUUGACCAGCUGCAGCUCAGAGAAGUCAUCGAUUCUGUUCAGUAUCGCUCAGAGCGCAUUCAUCGCAGCAAACACACGCAGUGCAAACCCCGUCAGCAUCACAACAUACCAGCUGCUGCAGAGCUACCUCGGCGGUGCUGAUGCGGCGUUCAUCCGUACUCUUGUGAACUCCAGUGUGAAUAUGGACGUGCUCACAUUCAUGAGUCUGAAGCAGAGCGUCAUUAACGUGCUGCUCGUGCCUGAGGUCAAGGGUCUUCUGGGUGUGAAUGUGGCCGAUCUGAAGAGGUAUGAGAGCGCAGCACAGAUUCAGGAGUGGAUCAGGCUCCAGCUGCAGGUGGAUCUGGACUCGCUGCAGCUCGAUCUGACGGGGGGCAGAAACUCCAGCGUCACACAGACCACCGUCAGCGGCACCACUACAUCCAGCAGCAGCACUAAAGCUCCUUCAGUCCAGACCGGCACCACAGCUGCUGGAUCCAGAGUCUGGUCACAUGUCUGUCUGCAGCUGCUCCUAUUGGCUGUUACCACGACGACGCUGCAGCUGCUGCACUGGUGACAUCAUCAUCGCUGCACUUCCUGUCUCUCGCUCGUCUCGUGUUUAAAGAGUUUCUGCACUUUCACUUUUCAAGCGCUCUUUCUGUCUGAAUCACUCAGGAUGGCUGUGGUCACAUCUGACUCGUUCUUAUGACGAUAAAUAUUCAACAAUGAAAUGCUAAAUCUCACAAACAUCUCAAUAAUUAAUAGUAAUAAAUACAAGGGGUUCUGUUUGCACACGUGAGAGAGACUCCCAACUGUAACCAAUGUGAUAUAAAACUGUGUUGAUUUAAAGCGUAAGAUAAAUAAAUGC